UGGGUGGUAAUGUUUCGUGCACACAAUGCACACGUUUAUCGUGAUAUUUAUUUGCCAAACCAUUUUUGGUCUCGUUUAUCGUGUGGAAAAGCCACAUUUCUAGAUGCUAAAGGGAGUCCCGGUCUGCCAUGCCCUGAGGCAGGAAUCCCAACCCAGCAUCGAGUAUCUGUACAAGCGUGAACAUUGUAAACAAUGAGCGUUUUCAUCUGGAUCACUAUCAGAUAAUCUGGGAUUCAUCAAAGACCGCGACAGUAUUUGACGGGAUCACGUUGGGGUCAAGAUGUCCAAAAUUGAGCGUCUGAAUGCCCGAGUGGAAAAGCUGCUGUCGAAAGCUGUGCAGGAGGUUCUGGAGGUGGUGAAAGAGACUGUGUCAGAGUACCAGGAGAAAACUGCCAGAACACAGAGAGAGAACCAGAGUCUGAAGAGGAGGCUACAGGAGCUCCAGGAUAAGUUCAAACUGGAAAGCAAUGGUGAGACAAUACUGAAAUGUUGUCCAGAAAUGUUAAAACGUCUUAAUAAAAAAUGUCCUUUUUUUGUGCUUCGUCACCUUUGUUGUUGUGCAGGAAUUGUUUCCCCAGAUGCAGAGCUGCAUCUCACGGAGCAGAGACAGAAACAAGAGCUGGAAGAGGACAUUGAACUCAUCCCCUCUAACAAGGACACUGCAGCAAUUUGUCCCUCUUAUUCAUUUGAAGACCUUGACUGUGACGCAUCCAUCUCAUCAUUAGCCAGCCCCUGUCUCUCCCCUAGAGCUACAUCGGCAGCACAUUUAGGUGGCGAUAACUUGAACAAUCCAAGAACUCUUAAGACGGAGACUGAUGAUGGAUUGUCGGCACCAAUUUUAAAUCAUACUGUCACUGCAGUCCCAAGCACUGAAAAUGAUCAGAAAAUGAAAGUAGAGCAUACAUCAGAUGAAGAUGCCAUGCACACCACAAAUUAUUUUUAUGAUAAUGUCGGUACAAGGGCUACACCCUUACACAGACCACACCUAGAACUUCGUCAGGUGAAUCCAGGACUCUACAAUGAGUCCGGAGUUGUCUUCAGUCUCGACCAAAAUAGCAUAGAAGAGCCAUUGUCUCGAAGAUGCGGCAGUACAAACACUGUUGGUGCAGAAAAACAACACGCCAGUCAAGCAAACACAAAAGCGGGCGAUUCAGGCUCGAGAGCGUUCCAGAGAAAUGUCCGGAAGCACUACUGCUGCUCGCUCUGUGGUCGCACCUUCAGACACGCAGGCGACUACAAGAAGCACAACAGGGUACACACGGGGGAGAAGCCGUACUGCUGCUCUGUGUGCGGCAAACGGUUCAGCCAGUCGGGCUACCUGACGGUGCACCUGCGCUACCACACGGGAGAGAAGCCGUUUGGCUGCAGUCACUGUGGCAAAAGUUUUAGUCACUCAAGUAACAUGAAGAAACACCAGCAAACUCACCUGUGAGGCUGCUGGUGUGGUUCAGCUGAUAGAGCCAGAUGUCACUGAGCUAACAGAAAUAGUCACCAAAUUUAAAGGACCAGCGUGUAGGAUUUAGUGGCAUCUAGUGGUGAGGUUGCAGACUGCAGCCAACUGAAUACUCCUCCCCUCACCCUCCCCUACGUUGGCUGCUAAAAACAGCACAACUUUCACACUGAUGUAUCUGAAAAUGCUAGAAAUAGAAAUAAGUCACCCUCUGUGAGCAUUCAUGUGGAGGUCAGCUGAGUGUGUCGCAAUGUAGAAGAUGAUGUAACUUCAAGAGUGGAAAAGUAAUGGUGCCUUCUUUUAUCAAAACAGGAAGCCCGUGUCAUCUUUCAAGUAUGAAGCACAGUCGAAUGAUCCCCUCUGUUCCUGCUGUACUGUCGUUUGUCAGAUGUUUAGAGAUUUGUUUACUGUGGUACUCAAUGCAGAAGUUCUUGUGUGGACCUCCGCCAUUUCAAAAUCAAAUAAACGUAUUUGAUACUUCUUUACGGUGGAGUGGUCUGCCUGCAUGAUCCCUUCACAGUGAUCCUGUCUGAAUCACCACAGCUAAAGUAAGCAAAGCAUUGAGAAAACUGCAGCCUGCUUGAUGAAACUUCGCAGUGUGAGUCAGGGAAUUGCAAAGUACUGAACCCAUGA